AUGGAAGUUGGUCUUGCUCUUCCCUUCCCAUGUAGAACUAGGAUGACUAAAGCCCAAUGCAGAAGCAAGGCAGACCAUCUUGAGGGGAAAGGCAAUAGUUCACUUGACGAAAGGUGGAUACAUUAUGGUCCUGUGUCUGAAGAUAAUACUAUGAAGGAGGAGGCAAAAAAAAUGUUUCAUGAUGGUCUGGAAAGUAAAUUAGUAUUGUUCUUUGACAAUCUUCUGUCUCGUAGUUACCCAGAACAAAUGUGUGUUAUGUGUCUCAAAACUCUGGGGUGUUGUGACUGGAUAUUAUCAUAUGGAGCAUGUGAAACACUAGAUGUUGGAAUGAUCUUCAAUCCUAUAGAUGUUGAGCUUUUUACUCUGUGGGCGGAGGAGACUCUAAUGGAAGACAACUUGGUUUUAGACAUCCUUUUCCUGGCAUAUUAUGACUCAUUUUGUACCUGUAGCGGGGAAAUGUGGAAGAAGUUUGGUUCUCUUUACAAGGGAAUCGUAGCUGGAGAUUAUAACUUGGGAAAGCUAGCAAUUACUACAGAAACACAACAGCUGUCUUAUAACGCUAAAGUUCAACUGCUGCUUAUUUUAAUCGAAACUCUGAACCUUGACAAUGUUCUUCAAAUGGUUCAUGAUGAAGUACCGUAUAGGAAAAGUGUGUCUACUUUUUCCAUGACUGAUGUCCAAGAGAUGGAUGCACUAGUUUCUACUUUCAAUGCUUUUGAAAUGAAUGAAGCUGGUCCUCUUGUUCUAGCUUGGGCAGUAUUUCUUUAUCUACUCUUGACUCUUCUUGAAAAAGAUAAAAACAAUGAGCUAAUGGAGAUUGAUCAUGUCAGUUAUGUCCGUCAAGCCUUUGAAGCCGGAUCCUUGCGUUAUUGUCUUGAAAUUCUUCAAUGUGACAUUUUGAAGGAUUAUGAUGGCCCAAUGUCUGGAUAUCGGAGUGUUUUGAGGACAUUCAUUUCUGCAUUCAUUGCAUCUUAUGAAAUCAACCCUCAGCCCGACGACAAUAACCCCACUCUAAUACUGGAUAUUCUUUGCAAGAUUUACCGCGGAGAGGAAUCGUUAUGUAUUCAGUUUUGGGACAAGGAAAGUUUUAUUGACGGGCCAAUUCGGUCUCUUCUAUGCAACCUAGAGAGUGAGUUCCCUUUUAGGACCAUUGAACUUGUACAACUCUUGUCAUCCCUUAGUGAAGGAGCCUGGCCCGCAGAGUGUGUGUAUAACUUUCUAAGUAGGUCUGUUGGUAUAUCAUCUUUGUUUGAGAUUAAUAGUGAGUCACAGAUAGUUGAAGCACGAGAGGCAGUGCGAGUUCCUGGGGUUGAAGGUUUCUUUAUUCCUGCUGGAACACGUGGGCGAGUCUUGAGAGUUGUUGGAGAGAAUACUGCCCUUGUACGAUGGGAGUAUUCACCAUCUGGAAUGUUUGUGUUACUCCUACAUUUGGCCCAAGAAAUGUAUUUGAAUAACAAGGAUGAAGUUGCUUUUACACUUGACCUGCUUAGUAGAUUGGUGUCCUUUAAUACUGGUAUUUGCUUUGCUUUAAUGGACAUCAGUAACUAUUUGCAAUUUGAUGCCGUUGGCUCGAUGAAUGAGCAGGUUGAAAAGAGGGUCUGGGUGGUUGAGAUAAUUUGCAAUUUAAUUACAAAACUGCCUCUGAAUUCCUGUGGUGCUGCACUUAUGUCAAUGGGUGUCAAGAUUUUAGCAAUUAUGUUGAUUUGUUCUCCAUCUAAUGUUGCAGCAGCUACUCUAAAUGCAAACCUGUUUGAUAUGACUUUGCAGACACCUGUGUUCAAUGUAGGAAGUAAUGGCUUAUCAAGUGGGUCAUGGUUGCUUUCUUGCAAACUGGCUAGGAUGCUUUUAAUUGACUGUGAGCACAACAGUAAUGACUGCCCCUUGGCAAUAUCAGCUUGGUACGUGGAUAACAUGGUGAGGGACACUUUUAAAGAAUUGAGGAUUGGCUUUGAUACCAUUUACCAUACGGCACUGAAGUUCCAAGAAGCUGAGAUUUUGGCAAAAGUGUGCAUAGAUGCAGUAAACGGUUUAUACAAUGAAAAGAGUGACAUAGAUACAAUGAAAAGAGCAUGUUAUGUAAGGCCCUGUACGUAUGCUAAGGUUAAUGUUAGUGAAUCUGCUAAGGGAGCCCCUGGACCAGCUGCAUGUGGUGGUAGCUAUAGAGAUAAAAUUGCUGCUUACAUAGGAUUGCUGGACUUCACCCUACAACUUGUGGAAACAGGAGUAGAGCAUGAUGCUCUGCUGGCAUUGAUCAUUUUCUCUUUGCAGUAUGUGCUUGUCAAUCACGAAUAUUGGAAAUACAAGAUGAAGCAUAUUAGAUGGAAAAUAACACUAAAGGUGCUUGAGUUGAUGAAAAAAUGCAUUUCAUCAAUGCCUAAUUAUGAAAAAUUGGGUGAGAUCAUACUCAAUGUGGUGUUCUCUGAUUCUUCUAUCCAUAACACAUUAUUCCAAAUUGUUUGCACUACUGCACAUGCUUUGGAGAAAUUGCAUGUAAGCCGCCUCUUUGAUCCAAUGGAAAUUGAAGGGUUACAGAUUGCUAUCAGUUCUGUUUUAGACAUUCUUUCAGUCAUGUUGACCAAACUUUCUAAGGAUACUUCAUUGAACUUUCCAGUUUUUCUCCAAGCAGUCUUCUCAUGCACGACCAAACCAGUUCCUGUGCUCACUUCUGUUUUGUCUUUGAUUUCAUACUUUCAAGAUCCGGCCAUACAAUAUGGUGCUGUUAGGUUUAUUUCUAUGUUAUUUGCCAUAGCAGAUUGUAUUCAACCAUUUUCAUAUGGAAUCACAUGCUUCGUUCCUGAUAAUGAGAUCAUGGAUUUGAGACAUUCUCUGAGCUACAUUGUGCUGGAGCAAUCAGAGUCAAAUGAAAAUCUAUUUAUUGCUACAGUUAAUCUGUUUACUUCUGCUGCACAUUACCAGCCUUCUUUCAUUGUUGCUAUCUUUGCUCCAGAAGAGAGCACUGAAGACCACUUGAGCAUUGGUGAUGCUAAACUUCAAAAAAAGGAAACUUCUCCUAUGCAUGUAGUUUCUAAAAGAUCAAAUCUUAUUGAUGCACUCGUGCACUAUAUUGAAAGGGCAGAUGAUCUAAUCAAGAGCAAUCCCCGCUUACUGCUUUGUGUACUUAACUUCAUGAUUGCCUUAUGGCAAGGGGCUCCCCAAUAUGCCAAUCUCUUGGAGUCCUUAAGAAGGCAUGGAAAGUUCUGGGCAAACUUAGCCAAUGCAAUCUCAAAUAUUGCUAACAGUGAAAUUUCCUUGCAUACAAGUUUAAAAGAAAAAGAUGCUAUCAAUUUGGCAUAUACUUUCCAUUGUCAAUCUUCCAUACUAGGAAUCAUGGCAUAUGAACUAUUCUUGCAGAGAAAGUUGUUUCAUGCAGAGUCACUUGUGAAGGAUGCAGCAGAAUCCAAGGAGAAGGAGCAAAAUGCCACAGGAACAGAGAAAUCUAAAUCCGCUAAUCUUCAUGAUCUUAAGGGAAUCUGGUCUUCAUGGUUCAAUGACUCUAUUUUAGAGAAACUAAUAAAGUCGUACACUUCUUGUGGAUAUAAUAAUGAUAUAUAUUGUGGUGCAAAGGUUGCCACCAGUUUAUUCUCUGUUCAUGUGAUGAUGAAAUUAGCAGUUUGCGACUCUGGAAGUUUAUCUGUGUUAUUGCUUCAGAAGAUUCAUGAAAUUCUGGCAAAGUUGAGCAUUCAUCCUGCUUUCUCUGAAUUGAUGUCUCAGUAUUCACAACGUGGUUACAGUGAAGGGAAGGAACUAAAGAGGUUGAUACUCAAUGACCUCUUUUAUCAUUUGCAAGGAGAGCUUGAAGGGAGAAAAAUUGGUAUUGGACCAUUCAAAGAAUUAUCUCAGUAUCUUGUCGAAUCAAAUUUUAUGGGAACCUAUCAACACCAGUUCAAUGAAGACUAUUUUACAACGAACAUGUUUACCAAGAAUGUGUACUUGUUUGACCUUGCUCACUUGCGAGAAGAUUUGAGAUUAGAUGUGUGGGAUUGUUCUAAUUGGAGAAAAUCCAAGGAGGUUGCAGAAACCAUGUUGCGUUCCCUGCAGGAUGCAAACUCAGUCAUGUUGCUGUCAAGUUCAAAGCUUUCUGCAUUAAAAGGACUAAUAGCUGUUUUGGCUGUCAACCAUGAUCAUCAAGAUAGGAAGUACUUUAAAAAGUCACAAGGGAGGGCGACAGCUGGAGGGAGGAUCUCAGAUGAACUCAUAUUCACUUUCAUGGAUAAUAUAUGCCAAUCUUUCCUUGCGACCAUGGAGACAUUAUCAUCUGUCCUAGAUGCCUCUGAGGACAUUCUCAAUUUUCUUGCAUGUCAAGUAGAAUUACUCUUCCAAUUGACAAGAACUGUCAGUAAAAGCCUCUCGUUAAAUGUAUCCCUACUUGUUUUGAAAUGUGCCAGUUCAGGUCUUAGACUAUUGAAUUCACUUAAGCCGUUACCUUCUGAGGCUAAUGUGAUCAUGAAACUUUUACUCACUUUGCUGCUUUCAGUACUACACUCCAACUCCCUUAAUGCACAUUCAGGCCUGGCAGCCAAUGAGAGUUCUGGUGAGGACUUCUCAAAUGUCUCAAAUGCAACCCUGGGACUACUACCCAUUCUUUGCAACUGCAUUGCGACUUCUGAGCAUUGCAUGCUAUCCCUGUCAGUUAUGGAUUUAAUACUGAGAAACUUCUUGACACCCAGAACAUGGUUACCUGUCCUUCAGGAUCAUCUCCAACUGCCAGUAGUUAUGCUUAAACUCCAUGAUAGAAAUUCUACCUCUAUUCCAAUAAUAAUGAAGUUCUUUUUGACCCUUGCACGAGUUAGAGGAGGUGCUGAGAUGCUUUCUUGUUCUGGCUUUUUGUCAUCUGUAAGAGUGCUCUUUUCUGAGUCUAGUGAGGAUUUCUCAAGCAUUGGAAGUGAGACUAAGGGUGGCUCAUGCGAGAAGUUUGUAACAAACCAGGAUAUUUGGGGGCUCGGGUUAGCUGUGGUUACAGCUAUGGUUAAAUCCUUGGGAGACAAUUCUUCUGGAACUGCUAUUGUGGACAGCAUGAUACCUUACUUUUUUUCAGAGAAAGCUCGUCUUAUUUUUAAUUCUCUAAAUGCCCCAGACUUCCCUUCUGGUGAUCAUGACAAGAAAAGACCUCGGGCACAGAGGGCAUGGAUUUAUUUAGCUACUCUUAAAGAAACAGAACAUACUUUAAUGCUCAUGUGUGAGCUAGCAAAACAUUGGAAUUCAUGGAUUAAGGCAAUAAGAAAUGUGGAUAGACAGCUUAGAGAAAAGUGUAUCCAUCUUUUAGCCUUCAUUAGCAGGGGAUCUCAACGCCUUGGGGAAUUGUCAAGCAGGAAUGCUCCACUUUUAUGUCCACCUUCUGUGAAAGAGGAUUUUGAAAUUUGUUCAAAACCUUCCUUUGUUAAUAGCAAAAAUGGAUGGUUUGCUCUUUCCCCACUUGGAUGUGUGCCAAAACCAAAGAUCCCUUCUUUCUCAACUGCAUUAUCUACCUAUGGUCAAGCAACUGAGAGUACUGAUCCUGUUCCAAAAUCAUGCUUCUCUGACACUGUUGCCCUGCAGGUAUAUAGAAUAGCAUUUCUUCUUUUAAAGUUUCUCUGUUUACAAACUGAGGGUGCUGCUAAAAGGGCUGAGGAGGUUGGGUUUGUUGAUCUUGCACAUUUUCCUGAGCUUCCAAUGCCAGAAAUCUUGCACGGACUACAGGAUCAAGCUAUUGCCAUUACCACAGAACUCUGCGAAGCCAACAAACAAAGGGUCUCUCCAGAAGUACAGGGUGUGUGCAACUUAUUGUUGCAAAUACUUGAAAUGGCUUUGCACAUAGAACUUUGUGUUCUGCAAAUUUGUCGCAUAAGACCUGUCUUAGGGCGUGUGGAGGAUUUCUCAAAGGAAGCGAAAUCUUUGUUUAGUGCACUGGAGGGUCAUGCUUUUCUAAAAGCAUCUCGCAACUCUCUAAAACAGAUGAUAUCUUGUGUCUAUCCUGGAUUGCUGCAAACAGAGAAUUUCAUAUAA